CAAUCAGAGUUCAGAUUCAAGACAAACCAAAAUGGAGGUGCGCUUCUGCAGGAUAUGUGGACAGUAGCCAUGUCAUGAAUCAUAGCUGUUUAUUAUGUUGCAUCUACCUGCAGUAGCUGAGAUAGGGGACGUUAUAGACAAAGUCGACUUCUGGUUGAUUAGGGAAGAGUUCAUCUAAAAAAGAGAGGCAGCGAACAGACGUGCUGAAUUCACACUCCACGUAGCAGAAUGACGCAGGCAGUAGCCGAGGACACAGAAACCUCCCUAACGGAGGGGCUGGAGUCAAUGGGGGUACGGGAGGCGGAUAAAACGGAGAAGUUGAACCAGAGCGAGGAGGAGAAAGCGGCACAAAAUGACAAGAUGGACGAGGCAAACGAAACAAUGGAAGAGACACAGAAGGAAGAUGAAGAAGAGAAAGAGAAGGACGCCAAGGUGGAGCACGAGCAGCAGGAGGGGGUCAAAGGUCAGACCGAGAUGGAGGUGAGGGAGGGCACGGUGCAGAAAGGGGUCGACGACUGGGAGAUCCCGUACAGCGACGAGGAGAUGGAGGACCCCAAGGCCUGGAUGCCGCCUCCUCAGGAGAUCAAGCGGCUGUACGAGCUGCUGGCCAAGGGGGACGUGCUGGAGCUCAACUGGGAAGCGCUUCCACGCCGCCCCCCCACGCCGCCCCGCACACCCUCCCCUGAGAGGGACGGGCAGGAGUCCCAGGAGCCCCAGGAGGAUGAUAGCCUGAACAGGGACGUGGAACCCACUGAGUUUGACUUUGACGAGGAGCAGACACCCAAGAACGCCUUCAUCAACCGCCGCAGGACGACCCCAGGGUCCUCAGCGCGGUCCUCAGUUCGCCGCGAGGCUCGGAUGGACAAGGUCCUCUCGGACAUCAAGCGGCACCGCAGGAUCGAUGAGCAGUUGCUGAGGAGUGGGCGUGACCUCUUCAAGAGCGACAAGUCCCGCUCGGCCCCGCCCCCAAAGGAGCCGCUGUCCCCCAACAGCCAACGGGAGCGCGAGAGGGACAAAGACCCCAGCACCGUCUUCAGCCCCCGCCAGAGGCGAUACUGACCACACGUCGGCACAGUCUUCGGCCAUCGCCACGGAGACGCUGACCACACCCGGCACAGUCCUCGCCCAUUGCCAUGGAGACACUGACCACACCCCGGCACAGUUCUUGGCCAUCGCCAAGGAGACGCUGACAGUGGCCCACAGUGGCGGGUCAAACCCAGGCAGGGACAGAUCAGGCUAUGCCCAGUACCAGCGUGUGUGUGUAUGUGUGUGUGUGUGUGUGUGUGUGUAUGUGAGAAUGAACAGCAGCCAUGGAUUUUUAGAACUUGCCAAACCUGGAUUUUAGCCUAUACAGUGGCAUUCAUUUGUAAUGCAGAAGUUGAUGCUAGCUUUUAUAUUGUGUGUUUUCUAUGACCGUAAUAAAUGUUAUUGUUUUUCCAGG